AUGAUAAAAUACUUACUCCUUUGCCUUUUAGCUAUCAUUGCCAAUGGAGCCGUAUUGGGAAUUGAUUUCGGAUCUGAAUUUAUCAAGGCAGUUUUGAUAAGUCCAGGCAAAUCUUUCACAAUCAUUGAGAAUACUACAAGCAAACGUAAAACAGAAAAUGCUAUUGCAUUCUAUAACAAGGAGCGAUUGUAUGAGAGUGAUGGUGUUUCUAAGAAAUCCAAAUCACCUAAGAAUACAUUUACAUUCUUAAACAAAUUUUUAGGAGCAUUAGCAAAUGACCAAAAAUUAGUAGAAAUUUCUAAAUAGUCCUAUGAAGAUUUUAAAAUAGAGAUUGAAGAGAGAGAAGGAACAUUUGCCUUUGAAGUUGAUGGUGUAGAGGUAGAAGGAAAGGAUACUAUGAUUGUAAAGGUUGAGGAAUUAGCAGGAAUGGUUCUUAAAUUUAUUGCAAAGUUGGUAGAUUUCAACCAUCAAAUCUAAAUUAAAGAUGUUGUAUUGACAGUACCAAGUGAAUGGAACAUAAGUUAGAGAUCAGCUUUAAAAUCAGCCGCUUAAUUAGCAGAAUUGGAAGUUUUGGGAAUCAUUAAUGAAAAUACAGCUGCUGCUUUGUAUUAUGCCCUUGAACGUUAAGAUGAAAAUAAACACACCGCUUUGUUUUAUAACAUAGGUUCAUACAAUAUUUAAGUGUCUUUGGUGGAAUUCUAGGCCAUUGAUGCUCAAAAGAAAAAGAUUGAAACCUUAAAAGUUCUAGCUGAUUAUUCUAUCUCUAAUGCAGGUGGAUAAUCUUUAGAUCUCUUACUAGCAAAUCAUUUUGCAAGGGAAUUCGAUAAUCAACCAUCUAGAAAAGGAAAGAAGUCAAUAUUUACAAAUUCAAAAGCAAUGAAUAAAUUAUUGAAGGCAUCUAAUAAAUAUAAGGAGAUUUUAUCAGCAAAUAAAGAGACUUAAGUUUAUCUGGAAGGUUUGAUUGAUGGAGAAGAUUAUACAACAUCAAUUUAGAGAUCAACAUUUGAAUCCUUAUUUGAAGAUAGACUCUAAUAAUUAACUGAACCAAUUAACUACGUCUUAGAAAAAUCCAACAAAACUAAAGAGGAUAUCAAUAUUGUUGAAUUAAUAGGUGGAGGCAUCAGAGUUCCUAAAAUCUAAUAGGUGUUAGCUAAUUACUUUGGAAGUGUAGAAGUUGGAACACAUUUAAAUGGAGAUGAAUCUAUGGCAUUUGGUGCUGCAUUCCAUGCUGCUAAUCUGUCCCAUUCAUUCAAAGUUAGACCAGUUUAAUUGACUGAUGGCUUCAGUUUCAGUAGUUCAAUUGAGAUUAAAGGAGUGAAUGAUGAUGAUUAUCACAAGGAAUUCUCUUUGUUUGGAUACAAGAAGAAGUAUGGAAGUACUCGUUCUUUAGAAUUCACAUAUGAUAAGAAUUUAGUAUUAGAUAUCUAUGUGGAAAAAGACGGUUAAAAAUCUAAAUUAAUGUCAUAUCAUUUAAAUAAUAUUACUAAUGCCACAGAACUCAAUUUCAGUAAGCCAGAAAUCUCUCUUACUUUUAAAUCUACUUCAAAUGAAUUUAUUAAAUUAGAGAGUGCUGAAAUGAAAGUUGAAGAAAUCAAACUAAUUGAAAUUAAACCUAACAUUACUGCUACUAAUACAACAUCUUCAUAAGAGAAUGCUAAAUCUUCAAAUAAAACUGAAUCUAAAGAAAAUGAAUCAAGUGAAGAAGGUGAUCUAUCUGAAGAAACAGAAAAGCAAAUUGAUGAACCUCAAUAAACAGAAGUACCAUAAAAAACAGAAGAACCUGUCAUUGAAGAACCAAAAUUUAAAAAAUAAAAAAUUAUUCACACUUUCGCCAUUAAUUACACAACUACUCAUCAUGUUGUCUUAGGAUUAAAUCAAUAAGAGAUUGACGACUCAAAAAAAAUUAUUAAAUAGUUCGAAACUGCUGAAGAAAAUAGCAGAAAACUAAGCGAAAUUAAAAAUAAAUUGGAAUCUCUUAUAUAUACAGUCAGAGAAGUCAAAGAUGCUGAAUAUUUCUAAAAAGCAUCAACUGAAACAGAAAGAACUGAAAUCUUAAAGACAAUAGAAGAACAUGCUGAAUAUCUUGAUAGUGAUGAGGCAUGGACAGCUGACUUUGAAAAAUUCAACACCAAAUACACUUAAUUGAAUAAUUUAUUAAAACCAAUUUAAGUCAGAUUGGAUGAGGCUAAGGCUAGACCAUAAGCUAUAAAUGAAACAGUGACAAAGUUGAAAGAUUUCCAUAAGAAGGCAAACGCUCUUAAUUCAACAAUGCCUUGGAUUCCUGAAGAGAAAAAAGCAAAAUUCUUAGGACAUCUUACAAAUACUACAGAUUGGUUGAGAUCCAAAGUAGAAGAAUAAGAAAAGACAGAAUUGCAUUAAGAUCCAGUAUUCUUGAUUGAAGAUUUGAAGAAAAAAGUAGAUAAAGUGAGUGAAGAAUACACAAAAUUAAAAGCUAUUCCUAAACCAAAAAAAACUCAAGAAGAAAAGGAUGAAGAGAAAAAGAAGAAGGAAGAAAAGAAACAAUAAAGCAAAAAAGGAUCUGAAUCAGACUCAAAAAAAGAAGAAAGCUAAGAACAAUCUAAUUAAGAAGAUGAAAAAGAACAACCAUAGAAUUAACAACAAUAAGAAGACAACUUCUAAGAUCAACAGGAAAAUCAGACCUAAGGAGAUGAAGAUCAAAAAAUUGAGGAUUUGUGAUAUAGAUAAUUCAAAUAUAUUAUAAAUUAUUAUAAAUGGUGUAAAUCAAAUAAAAAAA